AUGCUAGAGCCGAAUACCUGCUGUUGUCAACAUGGUUCCCGCUGCACUUGUUCACUCAAGAAGGAACUCGACGCCGUUCCCGAAGACAUUCCUCAGCUGAUCCAACCGAAAGAACAACACAAACCACGCCCUAAUCACAAUUCCCACGAAGCUAAGGCGACAGUCUUCACAAACGGUCAUCAUAAGCCGGUGCAUAAAUUCAAUGAUGCUCACAACCAACUCGGAACGCCCUAUAAGAUACCUUCCCGCUCGAAUUCCCUUCAUGGCCACCGCGACAUCGCCCAGCGCUCUACAGAUAACCUCCUACUUACCAGAUCUACAAAGCCAUACCACGAAUCGCCUCUGCACAAUUCCAUGACUGAUGCAAUGCAGAUUGUUCAACGGCAAGUCAGAUCAGAACACAAUUCGCCAAUACUAAGCCCACAGAACGUUGCGAAUCCUCCACAAUUCAGAGACCUAAAUCUACCUCAGUUCGAUCCAAACGCCUACUCUUACUCGCCUUUCAGCGUUGAUACCCCUCCAGCACAAACGAACAGUUUGGUGAAUAGCCAGAAUGCAAGCCAGACAGACCUGACCCUGCCGGAACAGUUUCCAGAGUCCUGGUUCAUGUCAUACGAGCAGGCCCAUGACUACGACCCGCCGAAAUAUCCUGACGUUGCAUCUCUUGACUGGUCUAAUUACAACUUGGAGACUAAUAACGAUUUCAAUGUCAAUAACGUGAUGGUAAAUAACACCCAGGGUAACUCACCCUAUCUUGGGCAGCAGGCACCAUAUCAGGCUUUCGAUGUGUCCAAGCAAAUCAACCAGGUCCAAAGAACGUCUUCUAGUGGCGAGGCCUCCGAAAUCGAGGAUCAAUCUCCUUCGUCGAAUCGCUGGGGUAAUGAGCAGCCUCUUCAAAACGAUCUAAAGCCUAACCCAGAGGCUUUCACGGAUUUCAGCAGCAUCGGAGGUGACGAUGCUUCUGACAGGUACAGACUGAGUUCGGCAUCGUCAUAUUAUGGCACACCUCAGGCCAACGUUCUAGCUCGCGACAAUCUUGGCAGCCUUGACAUCGACGACUAUCUAAAACAAGCUGAGGCAGAGACCAAGCGUAUGCAAAUGCAGCAGCAAAUGGCACAAAUGAAUAUGGCCUCGCAAGAGCUUCCUCAACAAACACGCAUACCGAGUGUACCCAGUGUAAGCCGAGGCCUAACGCCCAGCAUAUCGACACCAGGCAGUGCCGGCAGUGGCGAACAUCCAUAUACGAUAAACGAAGCACAGAUGUACGCACAUAUGGAUAGUAUGGUCAAUGGAUCACAAAAUCAGCCGAAGCCAGCCAUGGCACCAACGAGUAUGGCCGACGACCCUUCGUGGUCUGUGGCUCCCGAUAUGUCGAAUCCAGAGUUCAUCCUGGACGACGAGAAGGAAGACGAGGACUGGGUACGGUGA